AUGAAGCAACAGAUCAACUGCUACGAAGUUGAUGGAGUGACUGUGAAGAAGACCUUGGACCUACCCGAAGUGUUUUCCACGCCUGUACGUCAAGAUCUUGUGCUGAAGACGUAUUCUCUGUACAGGAUGAAGACUCGACAGCCGUAUGCUGUGUCUAAGUAUGCAGGUAUGCAACACUCUGCAGAGUCAUGGGGAACUGGGAGAGCUAUUGCUCGUGUGCCAAGAGUGAAGGGGGGAGGAACGAGAAGGGCUGGGCAGGGAGCAUUUGCAAACUUCUGUCGCAAGGGAAGGAUGGCACAUCCUACGAAGACUCAUAGGAGAUGGGCAAGAAAGGUUGUGGAGAAUACCAAGAAGAUAGCUGAGGCCAUGGCAGUUGCAGCAUCAGCACAGACAUCUCUUGUUGAAGCCCGGGGGCAUAGGAUAUCUGAUGUGAAGAUGCUUCCGAUUAUUGUUUCCGAUGACCUUUCCAAGGUAAAGAAGACCAAGGAUGCACUGCAGAUUCUCAAAAACUUGAACAUGAAGGAAGAAUUGAAGAGGGUAGAGAACAGCAGAGGGGUGCGAUGUGGUAAGGGAAAGAUGAGGAACAGAAGAUACACACAGAGGAAAGGGAUACUAAUCGUCCACGGGGAAUCCUCUGAGCUGCUUGCAUUCAGGAACAUCCGAGGGGUAGAUCAGAUGAGUAUCGAUAGCCUGGAUCUUCUUGAGCUUGCACCUGGAGGAAUGGCUGGAAGACUUAUUAUCUGGACAGAAAGUGCGUUUGAGAAGCUGGACAAGAUAUUUGGAGGAGUUGAGAGAGAAGCCGAGCUUACGCCUGGAUUCAAACUUCCUAACAAGAUUGUGACCCAUGACGACCUUGAAGAGUUGUUCUACAGUGAUGCUGUACAAGCUAUUCUCGACGAGCCCCUGUUUGUAGGAAGAACAGAGCUUAAGCUAAGUGAGGAAGAGAUGAAGGAGAGGCUGAGAUUUAUCAAGAAGUUCGAUGCAUCUGCAAUAAGAUCUACUAAUUAA